AUGACCUCCAUCACUCAGCGCCUCAGCUUUUGGCUGUUUGGUAGCGAGAGUCCCCCCCAGGUGCCGCAUCCUCCUGAGAUUACUCCGAUCAUCCUAGAGGCACGCUUAAUGCUCAACCUGAGGGUUCCCCUGAAAGGCGACCCCACGCGGGAAGAAAUCAUCGACAUGGUGAAUGCGUCAGUAACAGACGAAGAACUCCAGGCUCAUGCGUUGAUGGCGAUGAAGGAGAACCUCGGCAUGGAGUUCGAUCGUAAAAUCAACCCCCACAUGCCUGAACCGAAGUACUACGAGAGGAAGAUGGCUUGA